AAAGGUCACUCAGUGACUCACUAGUGAUAGAUUCGUGGCUAUAUAGGAGCAGCAAAUCCUCCCUCAAAGCGUCUGAAAACUUGAUUCGCCCAAAACACUAAGAAAGUUACCAUCCCUAAUAACCUUUGCUUUAUAGCUUCCAACAACCAUGGCAGAUAGCCCCAGCAGCAAGAGCAACUCCCUCAUCUUUCACCACACUAAGAAAGGUGGUUGGCAUGCUGCCAUCUACAUUAUAUUCGUGGAAUUUGCGGAGAGAUUUGCAUACCAAGGUUUGGCGAGCAAUCUUAUCACAUAUCUCACAAAUGUUUUGAACGAACCAAUAACAACCGCCGCAAAAAAUGUCAACACUUGGAUUGGUGUUUCCUCGCUCUUCCCUUUGCUUGGUGGCUUCAUUGCUGAUUCCUGUCUCGGUCGCUUCAGGACCAUUCUCUUAUCUUCACUUAUUUAUCUCCUGGGGAUGAUUUUCUUGACACUAUCCGUGUCGGUAGUUAAACACACAACGCUAUUCUUCUUGGCGCUGUACGUGUUGUCGAUCGGCGACGGAGGGCACAAGCCGUGCGUUCAAACCUUCGCCGCCGAUCAAUUCGACGAGGACACGCCGGAGGAGAAGGAAGCCAAAAGUUCCUUCUUCAAUUGGUGGUACUUGGGCAUUGUUGCUGGUUCUGCUGCUGCAGUUUUUGUAGUCAUAUAUCUUCAGGACAAUGUUGGAUGGGGAGUAGGAUUAGGAGUGCUGGUAGGAGUGCUGGCAAUAGCGUUGGCACUUUUCUUGUUGGGAAUCAAUAGGUAUAGAAAGGAAAGCCCACAAGGAAGUCCAUUCACUACGAUGGCCCAAGUCUUCGUGGCGGCUGUGCGCAAGUGGCGCGUGAAGGACAAGUCCGGCCACACUGAUUAUUACUAUGGGGAGGACGAGGAGGUGCAUAACCAGCUCCAUGAUCAUCAACUCAAAUUUCACGCCUUGCAGCACACUCAACACUGUAGCUUUUUGGACAAAGCAAUGAUCAUAGAUGAAGUUGAUGCAACAAGCAAAACAAGAAAUCCAUGGAGGCUAUGUUCAGUGACUCAAGUAGAAGAAGUAAAGCUUGUCCUUCGCCUAAUCCCUAUAUGGCUAAGUUGCUUGAUGUUCUGUGUUGUCCAAUCUCAAAUCCACACAUACUUCACAAAGCAAGGAAGCACAUUAGUCCGUUCCAUAGGGCCCCACUUCCAAAUCCCUCCGGCAUCCCUCCAAGGCUUCGUUGGAGUCUUCAUCCUUCUGGCCGUUCCAAUCUAUGACCGGAUUUUCGUCCCCCUCGCCAGGAAAUUCACAGGCCAUCCGGCCGGUAUAACGGUCUUACAAAGGAUUGGAGUUGGUCUAGCCUUGUCUAUUUUGACCAUGGUGGUGUCAGCACUCGUGGAGACCAAAAGGGUUGGCGUGGCUAGAGACCACGGACUCAUGGAUGACCCCAAAGCAGUCAUACCUAUGAGCAUUUGGUGGAUGCUUCCUCAGUACAUGAUAACCGGCGUUUCCGACGCCUUCGCAAUCGUCGGCCUGCAAGAAUUGUUCUAUGAUCAAAUGCCAGAUGCAAUGAGGAGUUUGGGGGCGGCCGCCUAUAUAAGCAUAGUAGGAGUCGGAAGCUUUGUUAGCAAUAUAGUUAUAGCUAUUGUGGAGGACAUAAGCUCAAGAAGCGGUGAAAAAUGGUUGGGUAACAAUAUAAACAGGGCACACCUUGAUUACUAUUAUUGGGUCUUGGCUGGAUUGAGUGUUGGGAGCUUGUGUGUGUAUUUGUUGCUAGCCAAGUCUUAUGUGUACAAAAAGGUGGAUGAGGCUGAAAGAAGUAGCAACAAUCAAGGUUUCAGAUUCAACAAAUACCCUCCAAGAGUCUGAUCUAUAUGGUGUAGUUUUUCAUCAAUAAUUAAUAGCUAGUAACACCUUGGCUUUCAGUGCAUGCAUUGUUUCUUGUUUUAUAAAAUGUUUUAGGGUAGGGGUAAGGUUUAGCACAUUCAAUGCAUUGCCUUACUAUGGUUACCUUAGUAUUAGAUAUGAUAUCUUUGCUUUUGCAAUUCUGCCCUUUGUUCAUGUUUAUAUAUGUUUAAGAUAAAAGCAAAUAGAAUUGGCUACUGGAUUCUUC